AUGGGUACUGAGGUUGUACUCCAAUCUUCCAAAGAGGAGCUGGAUUCUUCCAUUGUCCCUCCAUCUAGCAACAACAUGGAAACGCCGGAUGAUAAGGGUGACCAUUUAACGGAGCUUUCGGGCACUGUCAAUGCUGAAAGUUCUUUGGGUGCACAAUCUGAGAAUGGCGUCUCGGAACCAUUAGAAGCUCUUGAUGUAAAUGGAGAUACCGAGCAUGAUGGUUCCUCGGUCACUGGCCACGCUGAACAGACCAAUGACGAGCCUGCUGCAGAUGAAGCCUCUCCUGUCACCGUCGAGAAAGGAGAGGUGUUGCAACAUGGUGUUGAAAUUAGUGCUUACGAACAAGAGAAUCAAGAUACGUUUCCAGCGACAGAAACAGUGGCGAGUGAUAGCACCUCGGUCACAUCUAUGGAAGAUGUGCAACCAAAAAAAGGUGCUCAGUCAGAGCCUGGAGAUGUUAGUGGGUACCCUCCAGACCUACCCAAUGACAAGCACUUGACUGGAAAUGGAAAUGGAAAUGUCUAUGAGAACGCAAAGUGCGUACUGACAAGCUCGACGAAGAAGAUGAAGAGAAGCGCGUCUGCGACUACAAGGAAGCCACUACAAGCUACAAACAGAAACAGUCCUCCGGAUGACUGGAAUGCUUCCACUCUCACUAACUCAAAAUCGUCGAAUGGAAAGACUACUACUGUCCCGUCAAGCCCGGUCUUCAGAUGUACUGAACGUGCCGAGAAGCGCAGAGAGUAUUAUUCAAAGUUGGAGGAGAAACAUCAAGCUAUGGAGGAACAGAGGAUUCAGCUGGAAGCUAGGUUGAAGAGGGAACAGGAGGAGGCUCUCAGGCUUCUCAGGAAAAGCCUGACAUUCAAAGCCACACCCAUCCCAAGCUUCUACCAUGAGGCACCUUCUCCCAAGGCUGAAUACAAGAAGUUGCCCACGACCCGUCCCAAGUCGCCGAAGCUGGGGAGGAAGAAGGCUGCCAUGAACACCUCGCACUCAUCGGAGGAGAGCGAGAGCACGAGGCCCUGCUGCCGCGCAAGCCGCGACAGACACGACAGCAACUGCAAAUGCCACAGCAGCAGCAGCAAGCCACGGCAGCAGCAGCAACAUCUUGCAGCAAGCUCAUCCAAGAAGCAGCCCAACAAGAACCAUGCCCACAAGCUAUCGGCGCUCAACAUCGCCGUGUGCUAG